AUGAACAACAGCAUGGCCUGCCUUGCGUACUGCGUCUUGAUGGGAGACUUCUUCUCCAAGGCCUUGGCAGGAUUGCUUCCAGACUGCCCGCUGCUUCACGGCCGUGGCGUCGACCUCUGCAUCAUCGGUCUCUGCCUGUUGGUGCCCCUGUCCUUGAUGAAGGACCUCGCUCCGUUGAGAUAUGCAUCCAUUGCAGGCCUUGCAGCCACGGCUUACGUCUUUCUGAUGCUCUUGAAGGACUCCGUCAGCUCCGCACGAUGGGGCGCGGAUGGACCGCUGGCGAGCAACGUAUCGCCCAUGCGCCUCGACUUCUUCGAGGCCUUGGCGCUCUUUGGCUCGGCCUUCAUGGCCCACUACAAUGCGCCGAAGUUCUACUCUCAACUGCAGGAGAAGUCAGUGCCCAAAUUCGCCGUUCUGGUGUGCAUGGCGUACGGCUUGGCUCUCGUUGUCUUCGUUGCGUUCGGAAUGUGCGGCUUCGCCUUGUUCGGCUAUGACUCGGAGGGCAACAUCCUGAAGAACUACGGCUUCGGUCCGGAAGUGAUGCUGGCCUGGCUCAGCAUGGGCUUCUCCGUGGCCUUCACAUACCCGCUGGUCUUCAGCGGCUUCCGCGACUCCUGCGCCUCCCUGCUGAGUGGCUUUGGCAUCGCCGAAUCUAGCAGCUUCCGACUGAGCUUCACCCUCGUGGCCGUGGCUGCCACGAUCUUGGGUGGAACGAUCUUCAGCAACGUGGCGCAGGUGAACGGCGUCAAAGGUGCCAUCCUCAGCCCUUGCUUGGCUUUCAUCUACCCGGCGGCCAUCCAUCUCAGGUCCACGGCGAAGGACAAGGACGCCCCGGCUUCCCUGGUGGCGAUGCGGCGGGGAAGCUACGGCCCGGGAUCCCGAGAGAAGCAGAAGCUCUGA